CUGCUUAAGAAAAAGUGAUCCACAGUGUUCCUGACGUUCAGUUUGAGGAAGUCUGAAGUUUAGGUGUUUGAUUCACACAUUUCUUUCAGAUCUGGUCUACCGUAGGUCGACACGAUGUCCGGCGGUCCCCAUAAUGAUAAGGAGGCCAUGAAUAUAUACUGUAUAACCCUCAACGGCCCGGCACCAUGGGGCUUCAGACUUCAGGGGGGGAAGGACUUCAGCAUGCCCCUGACUGUGUCCAGGCUGACCCCCGGGGGUAAGGCCGCCCAGGCCGGUGUGGGCGUGAGAGAUUGGGUGGUGUCCAUCGGGGAAACCAACGCAGAAGACAUGACCCAUGUGGAGGCACAGAACAAGAUCAGAGCAGCAGAGGAGUCUCUCACCCUCACCCUCAGCAAAGCUUUCCAUGCGGGUGGCGAUCAGAAGAUGGAUGAGAAAGUUCAUCAAGCUUUCCAUGACCUCCAGAUUUACCAACACGAGAAGCACGGUCUGCGGGUGGAUGGCAUCCCCAUGUUCAUCCCCAACGACCGCAGCAAGAAGAGGCUGAUCGAGGACACUCAGGAUUGGCAGCCCCGCACAGGCACUACCCAGUCCCACUCCUUCCACAUGCUGGCCCAGCUCACAGGCACCGACUACAUGCAGGACCCAGACGAUGAGACAAUGAAGAGGGCCAGCGUCAAGGCCUCUCUGUCACCUGCUAAGACCCAGACCCAGACAGCAGACAAACCUGACGCCUCUAAGGCUACAGUCACGGCUGGUCCUCUGGUACGUCCUCCGUGGGUGACCGACCCAGGGUUCGCUGACCGUUACGCCCCAGACAAGACCAGUACGGUUCUGACCCAGCACAGGCAGCCGGCCCAGCCAACGCCCAUGCAGAACCGCUCCUCUAUCCUACAGGCGGCUCAGCAGGCACCCGAGGACAGCGGAAGGACCCCUCUCUGUGGAGCCUGCAACAAGAUCAUUAGGGGCCGGUACCUGGUGGCUCUGGGUCAGUCCUGGCACCCAGAAGAGUUCCAGUGUUCCCAGUGUAAGGUGAUGUUGGAUGAGGGAGGAUUCUUUGAGGAGAAAGGCUCAGUCUUCUGCUCCAAGUGUUAUGAUAACCGCUACGCUCCCAACUGUGCCAAAUGCAAGAAGACGAUCGUAGGGGAUAUCAUGCAUGCUCUGAAGAUGACCUACCAUGUCCAGUGUUUCAUGUGUGCUGCGUGUAAGAGCCCCAUCAGAAACCAGGCCUUCUAUAUGGAGGAGGGAGAACCUUACUGUGAGAGAGAUUAUGAGAAGAUGUUUGGUACUAAGUGUCAUGGCUGUGACUUUAAGAUCGAUGCUGGGGACCGAUUCCUAGAGGCCUUGGGUUACAGUUGGCACGACACCUGCUUCGUCUGCGCUUUCUGCCAGAUCAACCUGGAAGGAAAGACCUUCUACUCUAAGAAGGAUAAGCCACUGUGUAAAGGCCAUGCCUUCACUCCCGUCUGAGAGGGAGAGAGGUGGUUCAGACAGGAGACCUUCACCAUUCUCUGAACCCUGAAGACCUGUAGAGUUAAUCGCCACUCCACUGCAAACCAGACAGCAUCAGUGCGUCAGAUCCUCACUUAUCGCUCAGCUACAGAUAGAUUCAGCUGUACCUCAUCCUUCAACUUCUAUCCCUGGACUUUCCAAAUGCAUCCCGUACUGGCUCCCUUCACUAAGAGCUAAAGGAAUGUAGAUGUUAACCUUUCUGACCUUAAUCGCCUAGUUUCUCUACUGUUGUUACUCAUAGCAGGUUACUCUACUGUUGUUACUCAUAGCAGGUUACUCUAGUAUCAAAUGUAAUGGUAUAACGAAGUGAGACAUUUUUACUAUUGUGUGUAGUGUUAUUACAAACGGAGUCAUUUCAAGCCUUAGCUUCUCUAACUCUAACUCUAUGUAUUGUCAGUGAAUAUAUA